CCCAAUCCCUUUGUUGGGUGCAAGGAGAAACGCGCGUUCUCGAGAUUAACACCGGCGGGAGAGAAAUAAGGAAAGUUGGGCGGAAGAAAGGGUGCUUAUUUUUUGUACUAAGUCAUUUCGAAAAAUGUCCGACGAUAAACCAAAGGAGGGAGUCAAAACAGAAAAUGAUCACAUCAACCUCAAAGUGGCUGGCCAAGAUGGAUCGGUGGUUCAGUUUAAAAUUAAACGCCAUACACCCCUCAACAAGUUAAUGAAAGCAUAUUGUGAGAGACAGGGUUUGUCAAUGAGGCAGAUCAGAUUCAGGUUUGAUGGUCAGCCCAUCAAUGAAACGGAUACACCUGCACAGCUGGAAAUGGAAGAUGAAGACACGAUUGAUGUGUUUCAGCAACAGACUGGUGGAGCGUGUUAAGAGGAGCACUCCUUUAACAGGGAGAAAUGGACUUUCCAUGGACCACACUUCCUGUUUGCCCCCUUCUGUUCCAUACUGUCUCGUGUCACAUGUUGGAGUGCAUUGCAUCUAAGAUGCUUCUACAGCCUCGGACAAUGAUCAGGACUUUUCCAGUUAAAGGAAAUUUUAACAAUUGGGGGGGUGGGAGUAUUUGUAAUCCCUUUCAUAUACAUAGUUGUGGAUGCGAUUUUGUGAUAGGGUUGCUUGACGGUAUGAGCAAGACUUGAUCAGGGUGCACCAUUCCAUCAUUGUUGGAGCCACAUUUCUUUAGUUGUGUUUUUUUUUUUUUUUUUUUUUUUGUAGUUUGACAGCACCUUUUGGCUUUUUUUUUUUUUGUAAACCAGGGCAGGAUCUGUAGCCUCAGUACCAUUUCUACUUUUUUUUAAUUUAAUCAUCUAAGGACAUUCUAAGAACAGUGUAUUUAUUUUUCCUUUCAUGUGAGUGGUGGUAUACACAGGAUGAAAAUGUAUACAGACACGUUUAAAUCUUUUGUAGCUUGCAUAUUCUGAACUAGUAGAAUAUAAAGUUAUGUACUUGUUAUCAUGAAAGCGGCUGAAAAAAAAUUGCUUGUGGUCAGGAGAAGCAGUUUGCAUGCUGACUAAAUGAAACAAAUGUGCCUCGUUCUCCUUUGUUAGAAAACACUUGUACACGGUGUACUUUGAAGUCCAGAACUUGUGAAGGUCUUAACAAAAGUGAACUUGCCAGAUUGUUGGCUGGCGUUACAGAUGUAUUAGGCGUUGAAAUUAACUGUAUUUUUGGAAUCCUAGUCUGUACCCAUAUACUGUAUGACUUAUACUCUGCUCCCAAAUCGCAUAUUUGAAAUGCCAAAGUAUAUUUGGAUAUGUUUAAAAACUGCAGCAAACCUUUUGAGCCUUCUUUUCUCAUGGAAAGAAAUGGAGAAAAAAAAAUGGAGCUUUAUGUAAACUUUGUAAAAUGGACGUGUCUGAACAUUCCACAGUUAAAAAUGAAAAAAAUUUCCUGA